AUUUGUCAGCUAUAUUUUUAAUGCUAAAAGUGGUAUAUUUGAAAAGAUAAGGACAACAAAACUAGUAAUGUAGGACACAUACGUAUGUAUUUGCUACUAAAGAAUGAACCUUGUUUGCUUUCCUUUCUUACAUGAUCUUUCCAAAAGCAACAAUUUCAUGUCUUGUUCCUUAUCCAAUUAUGUAUAAAUAUGCCUCUUCUUCUUCCCUUCUUCUCCAUCAUUCUCCACCACAAAACCCCAAACUUUAUAAAAUUGUGCAUCGAUAGAUGGCCAUUUGGAAGGCAAACAAGAGCAAUGCCAUGGCGAGCUCUCCCGUGAAGCAAAUCAUUCUCAACAAGUGUUCAAGCCUCGGGAAGAAGCCAUCCGUCGACAUACCUAAAGGGCACUUUCCAGUGUACGUUGGGGAGAAUCGUAAUCGCUAUAUAGUCCCUUUAAGGUUCUUGUCCUGUCCUAAUUUUCGGUGCUUUCUUCAACAAGCGGAAGAAGAGUUCGGGUUUCACCACGAGAACGGGAUUACUCUGCCGUGCGAUGAACAAUCUUUUUGCUCAGUGUUUUCCAUGCCGAGGUGAUCGAAAUGAAACAGAUUGAUGAAUUGUGUCAAAAUUCAUUGAUUUUUUUUCGGUUGAAUUUCUUCACGGGACAUGAUAUACUCCCUUUCGUCCCAAAUGAAAUGAGUUAUUUGGGAUUUUGUAAUAGAUUAAAAAUUAAUAAUAUUUUAUUAAUUAGUGGAAGUGUU